AUGGCAAAAAUCAAACAAAUCAGCUUCGAUCGUGUUUUUUACAACAAUUUCAAAUCGGUUUCAGUGAGUUCAUUCAAGAAUGGAUAAAUAGACAACCUGAUUUUUGAUUUUUGCAGAGAAAAAUCGAUGAUUUGGUGUUCCCACUUUUGACAAAAGAAGUCAUUUAUUUUUUGACAAUUUGGAGCAUUUUGGAUGUUAUGAAAUUAAAUCCAUUUGAAAAAUAUAUUUCAUUUGUUUUUCCUGAAAAUCAAUGGGGACAAGUUAUUGCAAAUCUUCUUGUUGGAUUUAUUCUUAUCUCAUCUUUAAUUCAAAUUCUUCGAUUUACAAUAACUCUUGUUUUAUAUUAUCAUGGUUGGCUUUUCGAAGAAAUCGGAAAAGUUCCAAGUUUAUCAACAAAAGCAUUUAUGGUUAUUAUUGGUUUUCUCUCAAAAAGAUCCACAUUUUUCACGUGGCAAGGUGUUUUGCCGUGGAUGAUGCCGCCACGUGUGAAGGAUACUGUAGAGAAAUAUUUGAAAACAAUGAAACCAAUUUUGGAUGAAAAGGAAUUUGAACUUUUGAAUGAUCAAGCAAAAGAAUUCCAAGAAACAAUUUCGAGUGGACUUCAAAAUAAAUUAUGGAUGAAAUGGUUGAUUUCAAAGAAUUAUGUAAGAUUUUUAGAUCUUUGAAAAAUUAUUCUGAAAAUUUUACGAGAAUUUUUACAGUUAUCCGAUUGGUGGAAAGAAGUUGUAUAUAUGAGAUAUCGUGAUUCCCUAAUUCGUUCAAAUGUUGGUUGCGCAGAUGUAAUUUAUCAAAAAACAACAUCAAAUCAAGCCGCAAGAGCUGCUUAUGUUACUUUAAAUCGCCAACAUUUCUGUAGAGAUAUUUUCGAAAGAAAUAAAAUGAAACCAGUUUCACUUGGCGGUAUUCCACUUUGUGCUCAACAAUACAGCGAAUAUCAUCGAACACUUCGAAUUCCAAAUGAAACAUCUGAUAUUACAGUACAUCUUGGAAAUGAGGCAACACAUAUUGCUGUUUAUCACAAAGAAUGUUGGUAUAAAAUUGAGAUUAUUGAUAGAAAAUCUGGAAAACUUAUCAAACCAGCUGAACUCGAAAAAUCAUUCCAAAAUUUGUUGGAUAAUUCGGAAAAAGUUCGAGCAGCUCAAGGAGAAAAAUUGUUGUCUGCAUUGACUUGUGGACCACGUGAUCUUUGGGCUAAAAUUCGACGAGAAAAAUUUGUUGAUGGUGUGAAUAAGGAGUCUCUGGAUAUGAUUGAAACAUCAUUAGAAAUUGUAUUUUUAGAUGAAGAGGAACGAUAUUUUGAUGAGGUAAAUUUAAAAAGUUGUGAAGUUUUCUAUUUUAAAAACUUUUUUCAGAAUGACAAUUCGGCAUAUAAUAGAGAAUAUGCAAGAGCAUUACACGGAGAUGGAUAUAUGUUAUGGUGUGAUAAACCAAGUGUUUAUAUAUUCAGCAAAAAUGGAAGAUUUUCCUCAAACGCUGAACAUUCUCCAUGUGAUGCAAUGAUUUAUGUGCAAGUUCGAGAAUAUAUCAAAUACCACGAACAAUACGAAAAUCCUUAUGGUCCAGAUGGACAUUGUACUGGAAAAUGUGAAAAAGUUCCAAAAGUUGAGAGAUUGUGUUGGGAUUUUGAUGAAGAAACUUUGGAUGCGAUCGAUAAAGCUUAUGAAUCUUCGAAAAAUGUUGCGGAAGAUUUCGAAAAUGCGAGCUGUGUUUAUACAAAAUAUGGAAAAGAUUUUAUGAAAAAAGCAAAAGUUUCACCGGAUGCAUUUAUUCAAAUGGCACUUCAAAUGGCAUAUUUUAAGGUAAAAGCUUUUUCUGCUUGGAAAAAAUACUGUAGCUUUAGUUUUCCAUUAUUUCCAAAUGAUUUUUUGGCAAAUCCAACUCAUUGAUUUUCAGGAUCAAGGAAAAUUCGAGCAAACUUAUGAGCCAGCUGUAAUGCGUCUUUAUAAACAUGGUCGAACUGAAACUGUUAGAUCUUGUAGUAUUGAUUCAUGUGAUUUUGUUCAAUCAAUGUUAUCCAAAGAUUCAGCAAAAACAAAACUGGAAAAAUUGAAAAAAGCUUGUGACAGUCAUCAAGAUUAUUAUAGACAAGCAAUGGCUGGAAAUGGUGUUGAUCGACAUCUUUUUGCACUUUAUGUUGUCUCAAAAUACUAUCAAAUUCCCUCAGAUUUUCUUUCAAAUGUAUUUUCUCGUAAUUGGAGUCUUUCAACAUCUCAAACACCACAACAUCAAAUGAUGGAAUAUUCGAAAAUUCUGAACAAAGAGCCAAGUUUAUUCUGGCCAGCUGGUGGAUUUUCUUGUCCUGAUGGAUCUAAUUAUGGAGUUUGUUAUACAAUUGGAACAACUGGUGAUCGAAUGAGUUUCCAUAUAACAACAUGGAAUUCGAUAAAAGGAACAAAUGCCAAAAGAUAUCUUGGAUAUUUAGAACAAAGUUUAGAAGAAAUUCAAAAAAUGGUCGAAGAAGCUACGAGUAAAAAAUAA